CUCCAGAGCACCUGGAGGGAAACUUUUCAAAGGGGGCGUGAAUAGCAUGCUAACGUUAAAUGCUCCACUAAAACACAACGCAUUACACGAUUUGAGGUAAAACUCGCACUGCGACUGAGCACUAACUACAACGAAUCGGACGAUGGAGGUAGAAGAACUCGGAGGCUGUCGUGACAUUCAGGGAAAUAUGAUUACCAACCAUAAUUACCACGAGCAACAAACCCUUGCAGAUAUGCCUACGCACAGAGACGUUAAAACUGAAACAGACUUCACAGAGACAUCAAUAGUGGCAAGCACAGCAAUGGCUGAUAUGAUGGAAGAAGAAGAGGAAGAGGUAGUCUGCACCGCGGUGGAGAUUGAAGUGACUCUGGAGGAAGAGCCAGAUCAAAAUGAUUGUACUGAGGGAGGUGUAUUGGAACAUUCAGAUGGAACACUACAGAAUAAACGCAGGCGGGAUGGCGAAGCUCGGCGACCGUCUAAGGCAAGGCCACACAACUGUGCAGGUUGCGAGAGUUCCGGACAGCAGAGGGGACACCAAAAACACCAUCGGAAACAACAAAACAACAACGACAAGACUGUAGGAGUUCAUCAUGGAGAGGAGACUGGUGUGGAGGGGGGCUGCAUUUGUGACCAUUGUGGAGAAGUCUUCAUCAGUACCACAACUCUUAACAGUCACGUCAUCAGCACACACACCGCUGACAAACCGGGUGACCACAGCAGCCAGCCCAGUUCAAAUCCUGAGAAAAGCUCCGAGUUAAACUCCGAGCUAAGCAGAUUGUUUGAAAUGUUGUCCGGUUCCAGAGAUCUGGAGGAGACCAGUGAAGGCUUCAAUGAAAGCAACACGGUCGAACUGCAAGCAGCUGCUGAGUGUUUACACAGGGAGAGUGGUGGACAAGACAGUGCAGAUUCCUAUGUGCAAAGAGACAGCGGUGAAAAAGACAACACCGUUUCAGAUGAGGACAGCAUACUAUCAGCUGAAGACGCCUUCGAUCCUGAUUUUGAGAUGAAACCGAUAGAGUCAGACGAUUCACAAGAUUCUGACUGGGAGCCAGAAGUCCGCACCCCUAAGAAGAGGGCGAGGUCUGCGACUUUCACCGUGGGCGACCCGCACGGAGGCGCUGAUUGGCAGAAGAAUCACCAGAAGGACGUGCCUGAAUGCUGUGAAACACCAAGAGACGCCCUGGUCCACACUCAAAAGAAGAUCACCAGAAAUCUGGAGAAUCACAUGCUCACGCACGAUGCAGAGGAACCUCAGGACGGCAACCCGACUGACAGAAGCCCUGAUCGCUCAUCAAGGCAUGAAGAAUCCAUCGAAGGCCUCAAGGAAAGGUCGUAA